AUGAAAGGCCUCGCUCUCUUGGGCUUGGUGCCAUCGGCCCUCGCAUUGAACAUCCCCACACAGCAGAUUCUCUUCCCCGAGAAAGCGACAUCCCAUAAUGAGGCCAUCGAGGCUGUCGAGCCUGCCAGCCGCGAAACCUGCCCACAGGCACCCAAGGUCGCCGCACCAUAUGAUGGCUUCCAUUCGUCAUUGACGUUCCUGAAGGACGAGGCAUUCCGUGCUCGUCAGGCACAGCGGUUGUCGCGUGCCGUGCAGGUGCCCACCACCGUCGGCGACUAUGCCACGGAUCCCUAUGACGAGUCGUUUGAGCCGGUGGUGCAGUUCCAGAAGCUGCUGGAGCAGAUGUUUCCCCUCGUACACAAGCAUGCAGAGCUCGAGCAUAUCAACCGCCUAGGCCUGGUCUUCACUUUCAAGGGAGCCGACACCACUCGCAAGCCGGUUCUUUUUAUGGCUCAUCAAGAUGUCGUCCCCAUCGCCGACCCCUCCGACUGGACAUACCCGCCCUUCGAAGGACAUUUCGACGGAGAAUGGAUCUGGGGCCGCGGCUCAAGCGAUUGCAAGAACGUGCUGAUCGGUCUGAUGUCUUCAUUGGAAGACCUGCUGUCUCAGAACUGGCGCCCUCAACGUACCGUUGUGCUGGCCUUUGGCUUUGAUGAAGAGUCGCAUGGAUUCCUGGGUGCGGGCUCCAUUGCUCCGGUGCUGGAGGAGCGAUAUGGCAAGGACAGCUUUGAGUUUAUUCUCGACGAGGGCGGCAUGGGUCUCCAGAGUCUAGGCGAAGACUCUGACAUAGUAUAUGCUCUGCCUGGUGUUGGCGAGAAGGGCAGUCUCGAUCUGAUCCUCGAUCUGGCCGUGCCUGGUGGACACAGCUCCAUCCCCCCGGCCCACACAGGCGUUGGUAUCAUGUCGGAGAUCAUCUAUGAGCUCGAGCGACAGGACCUCUUCUCGCCCUGGCUCGACAACUCGCACCCAUCGCAUGGCAUGCUUGAAUGCCAGGUCCGAUACUCGCCCGAGCACGUCGAGUCGUGGCUGGCCGACAAACUGACUGAGGGUGAUGCUGCGUCGUUAGCUGAGGCGGUUGCCGAGUCACGGGGCCCGGCGGUCCGCUAUACUUUGCAGACCUCGCAGGCCGCCGACUUAUUCCACGGCGGCGUCAAGACCAACGCCCUCCCCGAGAAGAUCUCGGCAGUCAUGAACUACCGGGUUGCCCUGCAUAUGACCCCCGACCAGCUGCGUGAGCGUGCUGUUCGGAUCAUCCGCCCCAUUGCUGAGCGUCACAACAUCACGAUGCACAUUGCUUUCCCUGGCGAAGCUGACGUCCGUGAUGAUAGCGCGGAAGACCGUACUCUUACUCUAUCGCCGCUCAGUGUGCCGCUGAAGCCGGCCCCGAUCUCUCCGACUGACCCUCUGUCCUCGAAGACCUGGGCUCGCUUUGCCGGUGUGGCUCGCAGUGUCUUCGAAUCACACCCCAACCCGCUUGCAAAGAGCAAGUCCGAAUCCUCACCGACUGUCGUCGUGACCGGUGAUAUCAUGACUGGUAACACAGACACCCGCUUCUACUGGUCUCUGUCCGAGAACAUCUACCGCUGGAGUCCGUCGCGUGCUGGUGGAACUUUCAAUAUCCACACCGUGGAUGAACGUAUCCAUCUUGAUGUGCACUUGGAAGCCAUGAUGCUGUACUAUGAUCUGAUCCGCUCAUUUGACGGCUGGGAUGAGAGCUCUGAGUAG